AUGUGCUCCACUGGAGUCCUACUAGCUCGCGCAUGUGCUGUGCUCAUGUGUUUGGCAGUCGUGGCGCGAGCACCGCCGGCCAAGGUCCAUGCCGCGGGGACAGGGAAUGGGCACCUUGGUAUCCCUACCAAUGCCUCCCUGGCGCACUGUCCCUCCUACUGUGGGGAUGUCAAAAUCUCGUACCCCUUUGGGAUAGGACCGGGCUGCUUCCGGCAAGGCUUCGAGCUCACCUGCGACAACACAACUGGUUCUCCCAGGCUGUUCCUAGGAAACUCAACUCAGGUGACUUCUAUAUAUGUCGGCAGCAAUUAUGUUUUGGCUUCUGCUGUUGGGUACAAUAUCACCAUGGGCUUAGGUGUGGACACCUACACUCAAUCCUGGGAGGCCCCUACUGGUGUUGUUAUUGAUUAUGAAAACAGUAUAUAUGUAGUUGGAUGUGGUGUCGACAUCUACAUGUUCGGUGAUAAUACGACAGAUGCCAUUGGUUCUUGCAUGAGUAUUUGCACAGAUAACAGAGAGAUCAUGGAGAGGGCAAACAUGGGCUACGGUGCCUGUGAAGGGUUUGGCUGCUGCACCAUCUGGUGGGCAAACAUGGGCCGGCAAGCAUUUACUCUCAAGCUUGGCCACCGCAAUAGCACGAUUGCACUGUUAGAUGAGGCGCUCUCUAGUAUCAAGGUCAUCUUUUCGGAAUACUAUGACUUCGUUGUAGGUGAUCUUUAUGCAAGUUGGGUGAAUACAAGCAAUGUUCGACAUAUGUUACUUGACAUUGCAAUCACGGACCAACCAAGCUGCGCAAGUGCCCAAUCCCAAGAGAACAGGGAUACCUAUGCAUGUAAUAGUGAAAGCAUCUGCAAGGAUCUACCAGUAUCUCGAGGAGGCUACAAUUGCUUCUGCCCUGGUCAAAUGGGAGGCAACCCCUAUGUUGUAGAUGGCUGCAUAGAUUACAAUCCAAAGGCACCCAAUGACAACUGUACGAGAUUAUGUGGAAACAUAACCAUUCCAUUUCCUUUUGGGAUUGAAGAAGGCUGUUUCGCAAAUGAUAACCUACGACUCAACUGCACAAGUAACACCACUACUAUUCUAGAUCGACGGUACGCACAAUAUCGUGUGACCAAUUUAUCACUCGAUGAUGGGCUUAUGACGGUUACAAACAUGCUGAAUGACACAAGCUCCAACAAUAUGGAGAGAGUAGUCAUCACUAACUAUGAUGGUCAAUAUCAAAGUUUCCAUCCAACUUUUAGGGAGGUUGUGGACGAUAAUUUUGAUUUCUCUCAGGAGGAAGUAAUAUUGAUGAGUGCGCUAUUCCAAACAAAUGCAAUGGAAUAUGCCACAACUUUGAUGGAGGCUUCAAUUGUACAAGUUGCCGUCGUUGGAAACAGGAUUGCAAUUGGGCUUGCUUGUGGCCUUGGAUCCAUAAGUUUUGCACUUGGUGAGAUUGUACUCACCGUGGAGCAAACAGAGAUAGAUCAGUUUAUCAAUGAGGUUGCUAUUUUGUCUCAAAUCAUUCACCGCAAUGUGGUGAAACUUUUUGGGUGUUGCCUGGAAGAUGAGGUACCCUUGCUAGUCUAUGAAUUCAUAUCGAAUGGCACUCUUUAUGGUAUUCUUCAUGAAAAUAUUGCAGUAAAAUGCUUGCUAUCAUGGGAUGAUCGAAUUAGGAUUGCACUGGAAGCAGCAGGAGCACUUGCUUAUCUACACUCAGCUGCCGCAAUACCAAUUUUCCAUAGAGAUGUGAAGUCUUCCAAUAUACUCUUGGAUGACAACUUCACUGUAAAGGUUUCUGAUUUUGGUGCUUCAAGAUCUCUUUCACUUGAUGAAACACAUGUGGUGACAAUUGUCCAAGGAACAUUUGGUUACUUAGACCCAGAGUAUUAUCAUACAGGUCAACUAACUGAGAAGAGUGACGUGUAUAGUUUAGGAGUGAUACUUGUGGAACUUUUGACAAGAAAGAAGCCAAUUUUUAUCAAUGAAUCAGGCGCAAAACAAAGCUUAGCACAUUACUUCAUUGAAGGACUGCAGGAAGGGGCUCUCAUGGAAAUAAUAGAUUCUCAAGUUAUGGAAGAGGCAGACCAAGAAGAGAUUAAUGAUAUUGCCUCAGUUAUAGAAGCGUGCUUAAAAUCCAAAGGAGGGCAUAGACCAAGUAUGAAAGAAGUAGAUAUGAGAUUACAAUUUCUAAGAACAAAGAGGCUAAGGAAGAAAACACAUCUUUUAAUUGAAAAGGAUGGAGAAAUAGAACCUUUGUUACGCUCAGGAACUCAACACACACAUGAACACAUUGAUGUGCUUGUCAAUGAUACACAUUUAAUAGUUCCAAUGAUGUCUGGGUGCUACAGCUUGGAGCAAGAAUUUGCGGCAUCAUCUAGUAUGGCUCGUUAA